CACUUAAUGUUCUUUUGUUAGAUUCACUCCUCAGCUUUUGCUGAGCGUGUAGUUGUUUUUGCUACACGCAGGUAGACAUGACGGUGCAGAGAAUGAGUCAAGCAGCAGGCAACGACGGACAGGCUGUCCCAGAGGGGGAGCCUGAGCACGUGAGCGUGCACACUGAAGCAUCAAGCUUGACACCUCAGCAGGCCUCCGAGCAGGCAGUCCCGGGCACAGGCCCUGUUCCGGAAGGCAUCCCUAUCAUUCAGCCGCAGUUCGCGGCUAACUUCAUGAACUUCCUCCAGCAGAUGGCUGGAGCAUACGUUCCACCGCCACCACCACCGCCGCCACCAGUGGCAGUGGUCACCAUCGAGAAGCUCCGGAAGAAUGGAGCUGAGGAAUUUUUGGGCGAUCAGAUCGCCGACCCCAUGAUCGCUAAACGAUGGUUUGAGCGAACCAUCCGAGUGUUGGGGAACCUGAGGGUUCCACAGGAGCAGCGUGGCGACCUCGCAGUUGCCUUACUCCAGGAUUCCGCCUACGACUGGGGGAAGCGCGUAGGAGUAGAUGUUCCGGAGCCCGUGCAGUGGGCCACAUUUGAUCGACUCUUCCAUGAAGAGUACAUCCCCGAGCACUUCGUCGAGGCGAAGGGAGAAGAGUUCCUGAAGUUCACCCAGGGUGAACUCACUCUACCCGAGUAUCGUCAGAAGUUUGACGAGCUCGCAGGGUUUGGGCAGGACCUCGUCCUGACAGUGGAGAAGCGGUGCAAACGCUUCGUGGAGGGCUUACGUCCCGACCUUUCAGCUCAUCUAAUCAUAGCUCCUCGGGGUGACAUCAACGCGUUGUACAAAAAUGCGUUGGACUUGAAUGCGGCCCUCAUCAAGAAGGCUGAGUUUGAGCAGACGCAAGGGGCGUCAGCAGCACCAUCUCGUCCUCCUCUACCCAAGAAGGCGGGGACCAAUGGCAAGAGGUCCUUUGCAGCGCCUAGCAGCUCUCACCAGAGCAAAAAGGUGAAGUCAGCCCCAGCCCAGUCAUCUGCGUCCGUUCAGAAGAAGGGAAAGAGCAGAGAUGGGUUUCGCAACCCGAUCUGCGACCAUUGUGGGCGUAGGCACCCAGGAGAGUGCUGGUUCACUCAGGGCCUAUGCCUUGGGUGUGGCCAGACCGGGCAUUUCCGUAGAGAUUGUCCGAAGAAUCCGGGUGAGGCAUUCUCAUCUUCACCAGCCGCCUCAGCCCCAGCAGCGCAGCCCGGCCAGAGCCAGAAGUCGGCGGCAGCAUCCAGUCAGCCCAAGCGGCAAGCGUCAGGUGCCCAGGCAGGAAAGGCCCCGGCCCGUAUGUGCGCGAUGCGAGGGCGUACCGAGCAGCCAGCCCAUGACGUCAUCAUGGGACUGGACGCGAAGCGUCCAACCCCAGCCGUCCAGAUCCAAAGCGUCCAAAGUUGGACGCCUCGCACGGCCCGUCCAUUCGCUGCUUGCCACGCGUCUUUCGUGAUGCCCAAUCAUCGCCAAGCGUCCAAGGGGAAGCGUCCAGCUUGCAAGCGUCCAAGGUUGGACGCCUUGGGCCUUUUCCUGUGGGCUUUGCCGCGGCUUGAUCCAAUUCAGGCCCAGUUUCAAUUUUCACUUUGCUUUGCAAUUUGUUUCAGCUCCCUCCGAUAUUCUCAUGAUAAAAUUCUUAGUUAAAAACUUCUUUUUCUUCCAAAUAUGAGUAGAAAAAUCAACAAUCAAGACUGGACAAACUUUAAACCAGUUAUUGUUCCUUAAAGAACAAAUCAAAGAUAUUGUUCAGUUUAACAUAAAAUUAUGUAUUUCUUAUCACUAUUUUCGUGCAAUACCGCUUAAAAUAUGUAGAAUAAAAUAAGAACAAAAUGAACUUAUCAAAUUCCU